AAAAAGCGGCACAUCUGGCUGCUGUAAUGUGAUAUCACCUCUGCACAAUAUUUUUUAUACUUUUAUUUCGAAUUUUGAAACUGUGGACGAUUUCGUUGAAUAUCGGGGACUGUCUCUAUUACUGAAAUAGGAUUUCUUCUUGGCAUAGUUUUACGAAAGAAAUUGUACGUUCAAAACUUUUCUCCAUUUUUUUGAGCUGUUAUAGUUUUUACUAAACAGAAAAUCUGGAGGGUAAAAUAGAUUGAUGCGAAUUUAAGUAAUAAAAUAUAAAAAUGUACCUUUGCGACUGGAUAUCGAUCGCUACACAACAAAUGAUGAAAAAGGUGGGUUUUAUCUAUAAGUUAAUAACCAGUUGUAAAAGUUCAGUGAAACCAAAGAUAUAAAACAGAAAUGUCAUCACCCGGUUUCUUUUCUUUCUUGCUCACUUCAUUAAACAGUAAGAUAAUUUCAAGGUUUCUUCGUAUUUUAGCAUUUUUGGUUCCAAACCAAACUGAACAACAGGAUUAUUCCACUACUACAGUUGUUUCGGAAAUCACUAAUAUUCAUUACAGACCACGUGAGCCAACUGAAAUUCUCCUUUUAACGGAAUGCAUCGCCAUACGCUCAAUUAUUAAUAUCACAGUGGAAGAUGAGGAAAAAAACACAAUUUCAAAUAUAUUUCUCAACAGAUCCUUCCAAAAUAAGGUCAUUGUGAAUGGAACUUGUGAACCGACAAAACAGAAAUCGAUAGUUUCAUGGUCUCCAGGUGACAAUUUCUUUGACUGCAAACUUACGUUUGAGUUUGGAGAAGAAUCUGAGAGAUAUGAUCUGGAAAGCAUAGGCAUUACUUGUUUAACGAAAGAAGGCACUGAAAUUAUUGCUCAAACAGAUAGAGGUUUGUUUACUAUUCCCGUCGGUGGAUAUUAUGAAUGUGCUAAUCCGCUGGAAAGAGAACUAAUCAUGGAAGAUAACGAUAAUAUAAAAAUCAAUAUCUAUUUUUUAAAUUCAUCGAUGGAAGCAUUCAGACUUGAGGAUCGGGCGGAAUUUACGGGUCAUGUUAUAGACUGUCCAUUAAGCAUUCCAUGGUUCAAUAAAGUUCCAACAGUUGUAUGCAUCACUUUACUUCUGAUAGGCCUUACUGUUCUUUCAAUAUAUUUAUGCAGCCGUCUUAGCAAACGAUUAACUUGAUUACUCAAUCAAAUGAUUAUUUCUAUGUUGCCUAUAUUAUUUCCCAAACAUAAAAAAUGCUUAUAUGAUAAUUUUAGAUUCGCCCAUUAUUUUCACUAAUUUAUCCUUAAUUCAUUUCUAUCGUCAAAUGUAAUUUCAUUUUUAUCUCUUCCUUUCAUUGAAUGAUUCAUUGUUUUGUGAGAAAAUAGCACGGACAUCAUUAACUUCUCUUCCAUUUUGAAAAAAAUUCAUUAAAACAAAUCAAGUAGUCCAAACUAAUGAUAAAAAAAAGAUCUAUGAACUUUGUUAUUCUAUCAUACGAUACACUAUUUGCCGAAUAAAUGGUAUUUUUGAAAUUAUUAUAAAUGAUAUCAAUAUUAUCAUUUGUAUUACACGGUUUUCUGUUUAAUAUUAUUUUCCUCAUUAAUUAAUCUAUUGUAAGUCAUUAAUUAAAUAGAUUUUGUA